UUUGACACAUUGAAGUUUGAACGAAUGAUUAAUAUCUCGAUAAAUCUUACUGUUGGUAAAUUUUCUAACGGCGGCAAACAGUAGUGCUUACUAAACAUUUAUUGAAAUAUCUAAAUAUACAUACUUCCAUCAUUUAAACUAUUUUACUUUUACAUAAGUUUAUCUAUAGUUUACAAAAUGAGUUUUUCUUUUGGAACUACUACAACGUCGUCUAAUACUUUUGGUACACCAACACCAUCAACAGGAUUUUCAUUUGGCAGCGGUGACGCUUCAAAGCCGUUAUUUGGUGGAUCCAACACAGAAAACAAAGCAACAUUCAGCUUCACUAGUCCCACAACAAGUGCACCAGUAUUUGGCAGUUUUGCAUUUGGUGCUAAAACAACAAAUGCAGCACCUUCACCAUUUUCAUCUCCAUCGACAACGACUACAACUGCAGGCUUUGGAGCGAAUAAGCCAACACCCUUUGGAGGUUUCACUUCACCUCCUAAUCAGACAGUUGGCAGUUCUGCCUUUGGGCAAGCAACAAAUCAGAAUGCAGGACAGGCCCAGAAUCUGUCGUUUGGUGCAACCACCACAGCACCACCGGCAUUCGGUACACCUGCCACACAAGCUGCUGCCCCAGCAUUCGGUUCCAGUGCAAAUACAGGUUUUAGCUUCGGGAAGCCGGCAUCAACGACAGCUGGCUUUAGUUUUUCAACACCUACAUCUGGUUUCUCAGCACCGCAAGCUAGUACUGCAACGACAAUAGUACAACCGACUCUGCCAACGUUUGGUCAAACAACCGCAGCACCGGCCUUAGGACAGAGUUCAUUUGGAUCAACGGGCUUCAGUUUUGGCAGUAAAACCGCUAUAACUACAACCAGUACCGUAACACCCGCACCAAGUUACAGUUUCGGUGGCAACACAUCUCAGCCAGCAUCUGGGCUUAAUUUGGGUGGAACGAAUUUCACUACCACAGCUCAAAGUAGCAUACCAAGCUUCGGUACUACUACAGCCGCACCUGGUGUAGCUUUUGGCACGUCUCCAGGUCAAACCACGACCGGGCUUAGUUUCAGUACACCAUCCACCAGUGCGACCAGUGGUCUUAAUUUUGGCACCGGCGUUGGAUUCGGCACAACUACACAGAGUGCAACACUAAGUUUCGGCGCACCGACAACACAGACCACCGUAACUCAACCUUCCACUGGGCUUAGUUUCGGGGGGCAGACUUCUCAGGGCUCAGCGACCGGGCUUGGUUUUGGCACGGCUGCUACAACCGGGUUAAGCUUUGGAACGAGUACGGCAGCGGCCGCAACGACUUCGGGGCUUAGUUUCGGUGUAAGCUCAGCACCUAGUACUCAGGCAGCCGGGCUUAGUUUUGGUGUCAGCUCCACACCAAGUACACAAACAACAGGGCUUAGUUUUGGCGUCAGUUCCACGCCGAGUACACAAACGACAGGGCUUAGUUUUGGUGUGAGUUCAACGCCAAGUACGCAAACCUCUGGUCUGGGAUUUGGUGUCAGUUCCGCGCCAAGUACGCAAGCGACUGGGCUUAGUUUUGGUGUCAGCUCCGCGCCAAGUACCCAAGCUACCGCGCUUAGUUUCGGGGUAAGCUCGGCCACUACUCAGCCACCGAGCACCGGAAUCAAUUUUGGAACUGGUACAUCAGCCGGAUUAACCUUCGGAACGAAAACUGUUACCACGACCGCUGUUUCUUCCGCACCAUCCACUACCACCCCGUCUGGCAUAACGGCACUGGGAAAAACCACAGCUUCGACUUCAAUAAUGCCCACUUUGACUGCAACAACUACUGCAGCUGCACCAGUUCCACCUCAACCGAUAACUUCGAUAACAUUUGCACAAUUAGAGGAGAAUAUCAACAAAUGGACCUUAGAAUUGGAAGAGCAGGAACGGACGUUCAUCAACCAAGCUACCCAGAUUAAUGCUUGGGACACAUUACUAAUAGCGAACGGAGAGAAGAUCGUAGAACUAAACGAAGCAGUCGAGACCGUUAAAAACGAACAGCAAUCACUGGAACAUGAAUUAGACUUUGUACUGGCACAACAAAAAGAAUUGGAAGAUCUAUUAGGACCGAUGGAGAAACAGUUACUGCAAGAGAACAAUGACCGUAUCAAAGAUCCGGAAAGAGAACAUAUGUAUUCACUAGCCGAAAAUUUGGAUUCUCAACUACAUCAGAUGUCCGAAGAUUUGAAGGAAGUUAUAGAGCAUCUCAAUGAGACAAACAGAAGUCAAGAUGGCAACGAUCCAAUUGUCCAAAUCGGUCGCAUACUAAACGCUCACAUGUCGUCGAUGCAUUGGAUAGACAACUCCAUAGCUCAGAUAUCCAAUAAGCUGGAUCAAUUGAAGAGCGUUCACGACACGCUCAGGAAGGAUAACGAGAGAUCAUUUCAAUUGACUUACAAUUAAUCUGUUUUUAUAAUAUGUAUACGGUUGGUUCAGUUUUGUGAUUUUUGUCGAUUGUUUCUGGAUGUCAUUGUUAAUAAUUAACACGUUGACUGAUAUGUAGGUCACCGGUGCCCUACGCGACGCACUGAAGUAAUUAUGGCGAUUUCUCUCUUAGAUCUUCUUAAGGCGCCAGAAUAUCUAGUAGAUUCUGGGAAAGACCAAUCCGAAGAUACUGAGAAUUAACCUAUUCAUAAAAAAUACUAAAACAUUAAAAAACAAAAGAAGGCAAAUCGACAUAAUUUCUUUAGUGCGCCGCGUAGGACACCGGUGACCUACAAGGCAAUUAACGUGUUAAACACGCCUACGAGUACUCAGAAUGUUUGUAAACUGUAAUAGAAGAAUAUUUGUAAUACAAAAUUAGUUUUACUGUUGCAGUACUUAAAGUUGUGAAUAAUGUAUGAUUAACUAACGAAUACAGUACAAUGUUGGACUUUUAAAUGCUUAGAGUAGAAUUCAAUUAUAAUUUAAAUGCACGUAUAAUUUAUUUACAUUCCUCAUUAUACUAUUUAUGAUGCAUGUCUAUGUGUCCAAAAACACUUCACAUUACGACGGUACCUAAAUGUACUAUGAGGAUGAAAAUGUGAAUCAAAUAUUUUCAUGAAUCCCUUGUCUUUCGUACUAUCAAAUGCAAGUUCGCGAUCAAACUGCAUUAUUACUAUACAUUAUAUUUUAGAAAAUUGAGUAACAUGGGUUCAAAGAAUUUUAAUUCAAAUCACGUAAUAUGUUGUUACCCAAGCAAACAAACGAACAUAAUUUGAUUAUAUAGAUGAUUAGUGUGCUUAAUGUGAGUUUUUUAACGUUCUCGAUCGCGUAAAAGUUAGCUCAAAUCUGUAUGGAGCUGGAACGUUUGCCUACGUUUGCCGCUAAGGGCGCUGUUCCAAUUGCAUACAAAUUCGAGUUAACUUUUACGCUAUCGAGAAUGUUAAAAACUCGCACUCAACACACUGGCCAGUGACGAGGCCAGAAAUGAAACACUCAAAUAGUAUUUAAAAAUGAAUGUGUCAUUUAUUAAAGACGUUAAAAUGUUUUUGUUAUGGCAACAAAAUGAUUCAAUAAAUAAAAAUAAAAAAUAUUAAGUACCUA